AUGCUCACAGAAUCCGUGUAUACUAGAUCCCUCGAAUACAACCAACUUCCUAGCUAUAUUGAGUCUGUACCACCUCAUAUCACCAAGGAUGUCCUGCAAUUUCUUAAUUAUAAGCAUGCCCUCUUGAUACCAAAUGAGAGUGUUAAGCAAGCUCUAUGGACGGCAUAUUGGAAGUACGCACACCCAUGUAUGCCUGUGUUGGAUCAGAUCGAAAUGAACAAAUCUAUGCAAGGCUAUAGAGAAAAGAUCAGCUUGUUACUUUACCAAUGUGUCAUGCUUGUUGGUCAGGUGUUCCUCAUUGCCUAUGAGGGUCCACGCUACGAGUUUAACGACCCCCAAGAAUUGUUCGCAAAAAUUCGAGCUCUCUAUGACUUUGGCUGGGAGACCAGACCAUUGAUCAUCCUGCAGUCAUUGGUACUCAUGACCUUUUUUCCACAGAAGGUUAACGAACCGAAGGGACAGGCCUACUUAGUCGGACAUGAAGUCUCUAUUGCUUACAAAGUGGGACUUCAUCGUGAUCCUACAAACUUCCACAGCAAAGCAUCCGUUCGUCACUCCCGAAAACGUUUGUGGUGGAGUCUCUUCAUCCGAGAGCGUACUUUGCUCCUUGAUCAAGGAACUCCAUGGGUAAUAGACAACACUGAUUACGAUGUGCCGAUGAUAAAAAUUGAUGACUUUUGCCUACCCGAUGUCUGCCAUGAUAUAGGAACACAAAACCCUCUUGUAGACUUGAAUGAUAUAAGCAGGCAGCGCAAAAUUGCCAUCAUGUGGAUCGAAAGAGCCAAGCUAGCGGUGAUUAUGGGACAACUCUCACCCAUAUCAGUCCGCAUUUCAGAGAGAAAUUCCAGUAUCUUUGAGAGGCCAUCACUCCAGAGUGGUCUGCCUCAUUUUCAAGGAUCUUUCAAUGAUACAGCAAUAGGUCUCGAGAGAUGGAAAAGAGAUAUCUCCCCCGAGAUUAAUUUCGCCCAAUUGAGUUCCCCUGCUUUAUGGGCAGGUGAUCGCGAACUAUAUCUACAGUGCGCAACUCUCAAGCUGUUAUACUAUACUUUGAAGUUUCAGUUGGCUGUCUUACUAGUUCUCCCCAGAACACAAACACAAAUAGUCCAAUUUCCCCAGAAGAGAACCCGUCAGGAGGUUAACGAGAGUUGCAACGCCAUAAUGCAAAUCAUAAAGGACCUUCAGCUCUAUGGGUGCUCGGCCCAUGUUCCACUUUACGGAGUAUCUGUCCUACGACCCGUUAUUAUAUGGGCCAUACUAAAUGGCGUACUUGGUACAGCUAUUUACCAAAACUCAAGCUUCGAUCCACUACAAUUUGACAUUGGUAGGGUAGAUUCCUAUCAGUACCUUUUCAUGGAAUUUCUCCUGUGUGACACAGAAUGA